ACAGCAUGUGGAGUCAGCGAAACCAUUCACAACACAAGGCAGCACCUUCAUAUCACCAUCUGGAUUCCACAAAAUCUGCUGCAGCACCAAAUACAUCCACUUCAGAUUCAGAGAAAAACAGUGGAACAGUACACAGAUCCACAAUGAGUCUUUUUCUGAGCAGCCCCCCUGCUAUAACAGCAGCACCCGCUCCCUCAGAGGUUUCUCCAAAGGCUGUUGGACGGACAUCGGACAGGCCGCACAGACCACUGAGCUGCUAUGGCAAUAUGUUUGGACACACCGAGCCAAGCAAGGAGAAUGUGACACAACCAGCUGCCAGGAAAUGGAGCUUUGGGCUUCCACAAGAGACUAAUAUCAACCCUGUGAACUCCGACAGUAGUUUCAUCAGCGGCGCGACAGCAGUGAAAGAAGCAGGUCGGCCAGUGGCAGAAACCUUCGACGCAAACGGAGGCCGUAAAGAAAGAUUGCCGCCAGAGAAUGCAGUAAGAAGAGUGUCCCCCUGUCUAACUCUCAUCAGGACCCCGGAUCCUCACUCACAACAGUCUCAAGAGGAAGUGCUUGCUCUCAAUGCAGCUGCCAUCAUAGCAAAUAUCAAACUCCAAAGACAACUCAGUAAGAAGAAAACACCAAAUGGCAAUUCUGAGAAGGACUCCGCCGCAUCACUCAAGGGAAAUACUGAUGAGGAAAGGUGGAAAUGUAUGGAUCCAGAUCAAAGAACAAUCCAGAAACACAACCAACCUCUUGCUGCAUCUGUUCAACUGAGCCCCGACCCUGAAAGCUCACCUCAAACUAUGUCGCUACAGGACGCACUGCAAAGGUCCAGACCAGACUUCAUCAGUCGCUCCCAGGGCAGAUUGCGAGAGCUGGAGCGAAGGACUCAGGAGAGGAAGGAUCGGAAGGAUUCGGCAGACCCUCGGUCGAAUGCUGCUCACAGGCAGAGGAGAGCCAACAGCGCCCGGUGCACCUCUCUGAACGAUAACCUUUUCAAACCCAUAGAUAGAGCCAUUACUGGGAAAGAAAUGCAGCUGAGAUCUAAGCGAACGCAUGCAGAGGUGAAGAAGAAAAAGGAGGAAGAGAAGAAGAGGGAUGCGUGUUUGAGCAACAGACAGCGUGUUGAACUUUUCAAAAAGAAACUGUUGGAUCAGCUUCUUCAAAGGAGCAACAGCUGAUUGUGAAGAAGAUGAUGACAGUGAUGAAGUAACCUUUGACCUGUUGAAUAUGAGUUAAACUACAGGUCAAGGUUUAACUCUAGCAGUCCUUUAGCCUUCUAUUUGAUUCCCUCAUGUAUUGCUAUUACUUAUUAUUCAUGUUAGAGAGCGUCACAUCUGUUUUCUGAAAGAUAAAUUCAUGGCAAUCUUUCAAAAGCGCACAAGGUCAUUAAACAUCGCUUACUGUACCACUGUUUCAAAGGUUUUUCCAGAACCUUCUGCCGAUCUGGAUAAAAAAAUGAUAUUUAUAGUAAAUUCUGGUGCACAAUAAAACAGCAGUUUAGUACAAGAAUGUUUUUCUUGUGCAGAGGACAGAAUUUGUUUGAUGCACUCAGCUAGAGGAGUCCUUAAGGAUUCUGGAAAUACCUUCAAAACAGCGUGAGGGUUGCUAAAUGACCUUCUGGGGUUUUUCUUUUUGAAAGAUUGCAAUUGAUUUGUCUUUCGAGAAAAACAGAUGCUUCUCUCUGUGCCUCGGCUGCAGCUGCCCUCGUGGUAUGCAGUCACAAAUGAAGAUGGCCGAUAUGAAUGUAUGAAAUCAUUCCUCAAGAUUCUGUUUUAUAUCAUCUUGAGCCUCACUGACUGAUACCCUUUUUUGAUGUGAGAUAUGACUGGUUGAUGCAUGCUGUUUAUCUGCACUAUCUUGUUUCCACUUGAUUGCAAAUUGCUUUUCUUUUUUCACCUAAUGGGAUGCAGAGGACGCUCUCACGGCACAAUAAAAGCACUGAUGUCCUCACUCAGCCACUUUCACAUGAUCUCAUGUGAUGUGAAGCAGUGAUAUAAGACAGAAUCCUUCAUUAUGCUGCCAGGACAGUCUUCAGCCAUCAUCCUCAUUAUACAACCAAUAAGCAGAGCGAAGCCUGAAGUGGGCUCUGCCAUCAUUCAGUGCCCGCUCUCAGCUGUAAGAUGUAGGAAUGUGACCUCUUCUCACUGGAAAUGCCCUGUUAAUGGACAGUGCUGAUUUGAAUGGUGCUUUUGUCCCUGUCUUUGUCUCAUGAUGGACCGGGCGCCGCCGUUGCACAUUUAGAUUUGUGUGAUCGAAAGUGAGUGCUGCUCAACAACAUGAUGGAGCUGGGGAUAAAUCAAAAGUGAGACGUGUGAAUAUCUAUUUUUGAAAUAAUAACAGACAACAGAGCAGACGCUCCUCAUUAUUCUUAAUUGUUGUUUUUACUCAUUAGCCUUCAAGUUGGAGUUCUCUCAUAGUCAAGCUGUUUCAUCUAUCUUAAUUUGCACUGAUGUCUGAGAGUAGAUAGAUGAUUGCUACUGAAUGUUUUCCUAAACCUUAUUUCAUGUCGGUGCACAUGCAUGUGUGGGUGUAUUUGGUUGAUAGGGGAUCAUCAAUAACAGCACUCAUGGUUCAUAAUUGUGUCUGUCACUGUAAAAUGAGUUAUUUUAGACUAUAAAGUAGAAAAAGAUAUGAACCAUGCUCGAAGAUGCAUGUCUUGUUGUCUUUAUUGAACUUUUCUAAGCAGGUUUCACUAUGCAAUGUUAUUCUCUGAACUGACAAAUUUAGAUGUUUUUAUAUUUGAAAUUAAAAUAUGCAUUUUA